GCAUCAUUCUUUAUAUUUGAUUGUAAAGAAAAGUAGAUACAUUUUAUAGCAAUUCACUAUUUCUACAAGUGUUACGGAAAUGAUGUGAUAUAUUUGAUAUUCUUCCCUUGUAGCCCUGAGUUGUUCGACGCUGUUCAAAAAGAACUAGGCGAUUUGAGAGCCUCCGCAAUGAAAAAUUUUACGAUUCAAGUAGACGAGUCAAAUAUUCUUACUUGGCAAGGCCUUAUAUUGCCGGACAAUGCUCCUUAUAAUAAAGGAGCAUUUCGAAUUGAAAUCAAUUUUCCUGCAGAAUAUCCCUUCAAACCACCUAGAAUAAAUUUCAAAACAAAAAUCUAUCAUCCAAAUGUAGAUGAAAAAGGACAAGUAUGUUUACCUAUUAUAAGUGCUGAAAAUUGGAAACCAGCAACAAAAACAGAUCAGGUGAUACAAGCUUUAAUAGCUUUAGUAAAUGAUCCUGAGCCAGAGCAUCCAUUAAGGGCAGACCUGGCUGAAGAAUUUCUCAAAGAUAGAAAGAAAUUUCUAAAAAAUGCAGAAGAUUUUACAAAAAAGCACGCAGAAAAAAGGCGAGAAUCAUCAUCCUCGAACGAAUAAUCCCAAAUGGUAGGCCUUUCUCACCACGAUGCCUGCCACCUCAGUUAAUUCAUUGCGAGUCGAUUUAUGCCGGUCUGUCAUAUGUGGAAUCGAGAAUGCCCGUGUACAGUAUUGGUCGAUAACGAGGAUAUGAAUAUAUGCAAAUUGUAAUGUUUAAUAAGGUGGAAAGAACUUUUCAGAGCAAAGUAAAUUAUAAUAAAAUAACUGUAUGAUAUUGUAAACAAGUCUUAUACUGUAUUUUAAUUUUUAAGUUUGAGUAGAUUGUCAUCAUAAUUGCACACAAGCUAAUUUCAAAGAAUUCUGAACACAGAACCAUCAUAUAUUACAUUUCGCGAAUUUUUAAUAGUAUGUAUUGAAAUGGCGUCUAUAUAUUGAAGAUUUAUGGCAAUUAAAAAAAAAUAUUUUAAUUAAAUAUUAACAAACAAAUGAAUUAUGAAAAAAAGAAAGCAACAUGCUUUCCCCACUUUUAACAAGAGUUGUUUGUUUAUGUAGUUUAUGUUCCUAUUUAUUUUCAUAAUUAUAUAUGUAGCAUUUUGAAUAGUAUAAUCUACUUUAUUCAACAUUUAUAUGCUUAUAGAAGACAGAUUUAAGUAACAUAAUUGUUCACAAAUAUUUGACGCUAUUAUCUAGAACAGUGUUUCUCAAAAUGUGGUAUGUGUAUCCCUUGGAGAUACACGGUAAAGAAGUUUUUAGAUACGCCGUGAUAGCUCUAACAAAACUAAAAAGAAAAUCUCGAUACGCUCCUGAAGUAUAGAUCAAACUUUCUCGGACAUUCUGUAUGUAGUUCAUGAAUACAAAAUUUGAUGUGUGUAUA